GAACGAAGGACCUUCAUGCUCAAGAUUUAAAACGUCACGAUAAGUUGGACGGGGUAGUAAGACUGAGCUUGGGAAGCGGACUAUCUGCUGGCGGUGGCCUGCUUCAUCAGGAAUUAACCAUGACUAUGCCUGGUGCAGGAAGUGCAACAGCGAUCGGACAAGGUGACGAGAAGCCGGUUAAACAAAAGCGACAUCGGACGCGUUUUACACCUGGACAGAUUAACGAACUUGAAAAGUGUUUUACGAAGACGCAUUAUCCUGAUAUCUUUUGUCGAGAAGAAAUUGCCAGUAGAAUUGGCCUCACUGAAAGUCGCGUGCAGGUAUGGUUUCAAAAUCGUCGAGCAAAAUGGAAGAAACGUAAAAAGACAACAAAUAACAUGUUUGGUGCGACCGGUACUUUACUACCGUCGCAUGGUUUGCCACCUUUUGGUCCAGAUCUUUGCGGAGCUGGGAUGUUUCAAGCACCCGCGGAGAGAUGGGGAGUGAGUACAGGUCUCGGCCUGGGACAAGGUGGUAUGGGCAUGGGUGCUUAUGGACAAUUAGGUCAACAAAGCCCCAGUACUCUUGGCAACUUGGGUCUUGGCAACUCUGGCCUGUCGAUCAGCAGUCCUUCCCAGACGGUCUAUCAAACGAAUUACGGAUUAAAUUCUCUUGGAGUCGUACAGGUCUCAGCGUCACGGGGUUCACCACCAGGAGGAUCUUCGGUUGGUGGAGGCCAAGGAGGAGGAUUGAAUUCGGCGUUGAAUUGUGCGCAGGGUUCACCGGGUUCGAGUUCAGGUGGUGGAGGAUCGGCAGCAGCUGGUGGUGCAGGAGGAAGUGGUAUAUCUUGCGUUGGUGGUGAAGUCAAUGCGGACGAAGCUUCGGGAUGGAGAGGUGCUCAUAUUAUUACAGGACUUAGGCGUCGAGCAACGGAUACCUCGCAACAAUAUAGUCCGCAAUCUCAUCCACCACCAUCGGCUCCAUUACCGUACACUCAUGGCAUGGAAUAUAGCUCUGCGUACUGAAAUCUUCUUCGAGUUAUUCAAAGUUUCCCGCUAUUCCUCGUGCAAUCAGCCAUUUUGGUUACGAGAGGACGCGUCACGUGACGUUGUUAGUAAGAAACAAAAAACGACUUCGCGAAAAAAAAAGGAAAAAAUAAAUU